CUUUAACGUCAUGGCAAUUACAUAAAAUCUUUGUCUGGUUCUUGAACAGUACCGGUCAUCGAAAUCUCCGAUCGGCAGGUAUUUUUUCAAAAGGAAAGAAAUUAGCGUUAAUCGCUGGUUGGAUGUUUUUAGCAACUUCCUUGCUGGAUUAUGGGGGACGCGGCGGUAGCGAAGCGUCGGGAGCAGCUGACGCGUUGGUCGGGCUCCAGUACGGACAGAGAGCCGGCGGUGCCUCGGAGUCGCUGGAGAGGAGAGACGAGCACCGGAGCUUCUGAUGGAGGCAGAACGGACACAAACGAGCAGCAGAAAAAAAACAGGUGGCGAGUGAGAUUUGAGAAGACUGCAGAGUUCCUAGCAGUGUGUGCUAGUGGAGACACCGAGGAGGCGAAGGAGAUGCUGAAAGAAGCAAAGGUGCAGAACGGGGAGGAUGACAUGGUUAACUGUGCCAACGCAGAUGGAAUAACAGCUUUACACCAGGCCUGUAUCGAUGGCAGUAUGGAGAUGGUGGAGUUUCUUAUGUCUCGGGGGGCCAGCGUUAACCAGGUGGACAGUGAGGGCUGGACUCCUCUUCACGUGGCUGCAUCGUGUGGAAACCUGGAGAUAACAGAAUUUCUGCUCCGGCACGGGGCAUCUCUCUGCUCGGUGAACUGUGAUGGUGAUGUGCCAAUGGACAUCGCUGAGGACGAGGCCACAGAGACGCUGCUGCAAGAACACACGUUAGCACAAGAUGUGGAAGCAGCUAAGCGGGCAGAAGAGGAGUGGAUCAUGCGUGAUGCCCGCCACUGGCUCACAAACGGGCUUCCUGCCAAUCUCUGCCAUCCCCGGACUGGUGCUACUCCGUUACAUGUAGCGGCAUCUAAAGGAUAUUUGGAGGCCAUUAAAUUGUUGUGUCAGUGUGGUCUGGACGUGAGCGCUAAAGACUAUGACGGCUGGACUCCUCUCCAUGCUGCAGCUCAUUGGGGUCAAAGUGAAGCUUGCCGUCUGCUCGCUGAGCAACUCUGUGACAUGGAGGCCCAUAGUAAUGGGGGUCAGACUCCAUUUGAUGUGGCAGACGAGAGUGUUGAGUCUUUACUGGAAGAACUGUCUCAAAGACAGGCUAACUGGAGGACUGAACAGGCUCUCAUUGAGCAACAAAAUUCACAGAUCUCAAAUGCCAACACCGCAAACAAAAAACGCAGGAGCUCUGUGUGCCGGAUGAGCAGCAGGGAUAAAAUUUAUGUUCAGGACCAGUCUAAGGAACGAGGGGUCUCGGGAGGCAUGGGACUCGACGACGAGAGAGAAAGCAGCCCAGAAAGUUCAACAGUGUCGACACCAGAGAGCCUUGUUCCCUCUGCAGGGACCAUUGAGGAUAAAGAAAUGAAGGUGAAUGACCAGGACAGAGCGAGUCGCACAGCGGUUGUGCAGCCCACCCCUCAGAAACGAGAGUCAUCUGCUGAGAGCCCUAGCAACGCAUCUAGCGAUGGGAGGAAGUUUCAGGCUCCAGUGAGAGAUGAGGAGUCAGAGUCUCAGAGGAAAGCUCGCUCGCGUCUCAUGCGGCAGUCGCGCCGAUCAACACAGGGAGUAACGCUGACAGAUCUUAAGGAAGCAGAACGGAUUAUUGUUAAGGGCAAUGAACCUCAGCACCUCAGUGUUCAGCCUGUGAGCCCCAACAUCACACUAACACCAGCUGAGAGAGACACUGAGCCAGUGAAGGAAUCUGGAGAUGCGGACUCAAGACUGGGAGUGAGAGAUCGCAGGAAAGGGAGGAGAGAGAGACGUUCGACUGGUGUGGUUCAGCUGGCUGGAGAGAUGGAUGAUAUGGAUGCAAAUGAAGACGCUGAACAAGACAACAGAACAAGCGAUCCUCCAUUAGAUGAUUCCAGACACUCUUCUCUGGAUUACAGAAAGCUGUAUCUGCAGGUGUUGCAAGAGAAUGGAAACCUAAAAGAGAAGCUUCAAGAAACUCAACUGCAGUUAAAUGAGAGCAAAGUUCAGCUGGAGAAACUCAAACAGAAUCAGGAGAACGGAUCAGACAGACCAGCCCUGCUGGAGCUGGAGAGAUUUGAAAAGAAACUUCUUCAGCGGAGAGCGUCUGAGUUAGAGGAUGAACUCAAAGUGCUUGUGGAUUUGCGCGACGACAACCAGAGACUGAAAGAUGAAAAUGCAGCUCUCAUUCGUGUCAUUAGUAAGCUGUCUAAAUGAACCUCUGGGUUCUUUGGAUUUAUUUUUCCAGAAUUCAUGGGGAAAGUUGCUGUCAGAUUGUCUGCGCGGCACGUUUCUUUCCCCCCUCUCAUCUCUGGGACGUAAGCCCCUCUCCCGGGGUGGUUAGACUACUGUUCUUUAAAUGGAUGUGUACAUACGUAAGGCCUUGUUUAGCUGCCGCUCAUCAGAACUGGAUUUUUUCAAUGACACGGCUCAAGUCUAUCUGCUGUUCAGCUGCUCUAGAUUAUGGUGUUCAGCUCUGAUUCAGGGUGCUCUUGAAACAAUUGUAACGUUAUUGAUUUCUAUUUUUAUUUUUAUUUUUUUAUCAAUAGCACAGAUAAGGCUUAUAGCUUUAAUGUUCCUUAAAUUCUGCAAACUAGCCCUCGCUCUUAGUUCAUGCCCUUGUCGUGCCCUACACUCUGCGCUGCACUGAUGAGAAUUUUAAGUCAUUUGAAGUUUCAGUUCAGGUUUACGGUUCGGUUCCACUUAGAGACGGCUAUCAUUGCGAUCUUUGCCUUUUUAGCGGGUGACCUCUAAAACCUGCAAAAAUAGAUCGGUUCGGAUUUUAUGAUGUGUAGAGUAGAGAAUGUUGUUCGUUAAUAACAAAAAAACGAUACAUUACGGAUCAUAGAUCUGCAAUGGUAACAGAACAGGUUAAUGUACGUUGAAAUAGAAAUGAAGUUUUAAUAUAUUUUCAUAUGCAUUCAUAUUUGAAUGUACAUAAACGAUCGAUCUGUUAAGAAGUAUCUAAUAUUUGUUAAAGGCUUAUUACCGAAAUUGCAGUGUUACCAGACUUAAAUGUUUAAACUGUGCUUUUUAAUGCCAUGGCAAUUUUAGCUUAAAAUCAUUUUAAUGUUCUUUUGAAAUGGUCAGCAAAAAAAAAGAAAGUAAACAAAUGUGCCAAACAGUAACAGCAUGCUCAGGGCUCUCUUAGAGAGACAGUAGAAGGUCUUGGGGUAGUGUGUCAUUUUCCUCUGUAUGUAUCUGGAUUAACACUGUACUUUAGCUGACUACUGUUCUUUGGACCAAACAGGCAUUAGUAUGGAUCUACUUCUCUAUUAUUGCAUAUUUAUGAAUAUAUUAUAUGUGGUGAAUUUUGAUGCUGUUGUGUUCUGCCAGUGGUGUGAUCAUUUUUUUUAUUAGGAAGAGACACACGUGUGUUUUGUACUGUGACUAUGAGUUUUGUCCUAAACCAAACUGGCACCAUAGGUCAAAGCUUUUAAAGGUUUACCACUGUUUAUUUGUGUUUUUUUGUUUUGUUUUUUUCUCCUAAAAUUAAUGCUUUCAGGAUUUUGGCAUUUGUUCAUCCAGCAAGUGUAUUUUGCCAAAAAUGUGCCUUUCUAUAUAUAUUUAUAUACAUAUAUAUAGAUAGAUAGAUAGAAUAUAUAUCUAUGUUGCUUUGUUAAAAAUGUUGCAGUCAGUUAUUUUCUGACCAAUAAAGAUCAGUGCAAGUGGUUGGGUAACAGCCAUUAAAGCCAUCCGCGCGCAUGUGCUUUUAUCUCUCGCAUGAAUAAAUAACGGCUUGCUAGA